AUGGCAGAUCUUGAUACGUACAUGGACAAAGUCAUCGUCUUCGAGGCAAUCAAGGCUUCAGACGCCAGUCAUCAGGUCACUCGUCAGCCUCUCCAACCUACCAACGCACAAAUUCCCUCUCCUACCAGAAGAUCUUCGCAUAAAGCUGCAGAUAUCAAACCGAGCCUUGACGGCGCGUCAGACGAGAACCAUACCCCACUAUCCCACUCUGCGGUCAGAAAUCGCUUGACUCCUCACUCGGGGGCCACAUCCCCAUUAUCGACAUCCGAUCAUGCCGGCGGAAGUGUCGAUAUGGCUGGUUUCGAUCGGUACUAUGCCGAUUUGCAUGACAGAAUUCAGGUGUCGUACCCUGAUUACAGUGACGGACAACUCCACGACGCUCUUCGCCGGAUUUGGAUCAAUGAGUCUGAAUCUGAGAGAGCCAAUUACGCUGCAAAGCCAGUCCCGUUCGAUCACCGAGUCCACGGCAUCAAGACUGAGCCAACUGCGGAAACAAAAUUUCACGAGACGCCUCCCUUGGUUGAGCCUCCAUUAUCUGCUGCUGAACUCGAAGAGCAGAAGCACAAGAGCUUCCAGCUUCAAACGCUUCUCAAAGAUGCAGGACCCAGGAUGCUGGAAGCGAGUGUAGAGCAGGGUGUCAAGCUUCUUGAUCAGCUCAAAGAUCCUCUGCUCAACAAGAUGGAAACCAGCCCCGAUGCUGAGCAGUGGAUCCAACAAAUUGACAAUCUCAUCAAACAGGCUGUCAGAACCAAGACUGUCAUUGGUGUUGUUGGAAACACUGGCGCCGGAAAAUCUUCAGUGAUCAACGCCAUGCUUGACGAGGAGAGACUUGUACCUACCAACUGUAUGAGAGCUUGUACGGCAGUCGUCACUGAAAUCUCGUACAACUAUGAGGAGAAGCCAUACCGUGCGCAGAUUGAGUUCAUAUCGCCCGCCGACUGGGAAAAAGAACUUAAUACUUUAUAUCAGGAUCUCUUGGACGGAGAUGGCAAAGUCUCUCGAGAUUGUGCGAAUGAGGAUACUGACGCCGGUAUCGCGUAUGCAAAGAUAAAAGCAGUUUAUCCUCGCAAGACCAAAGAAGACAUAGCCAACAGCAGUAUCCAAACUAUGUUGCGAGAAGUAUCCCAUAUCCUCGGUAAGAGUAGAGAUAUUGAGGAGAAGGAUUCGCUCGUGUUCUACAAGAAAUUGCAGACUUUCGUUGACAGCAAAGAGAAGUCUACCAGCAACAAGGACAAAGACAAGAAAGAGCGCAGAGAGAUGGAGGUGUGGCCAUUGAUUCGAGUGGUCAGAAUCUAUGUCAAGUCUCGAGCACUUGCUACCGGUGCUGUCAUUGUGGAUCUCCCGGGUGUUCAUGAUGCCAAUGCUGCCCGUGCCGCUGUAGCAGAAGGUUAUAUGAAGCAAUGCACUGGACUGUGGAUCGUGGCUCCGAUCAACCGCGCGGUGGACGAUAAGGCAGCCAAGUCGUUGCUUGGGGAGUCGUUCAAGCGACAGCUGAAGAUGGAUGGGGGUUUCAAUUCAGUCACCUUCAUUUGCAGCAAAACAGACGAUAUUAGCCUCGAAGAAGCACAGGACUCACUUGGCCUGAGCGAUGAAAUGGAGCCCGAUUGGGAAGAGCUGGAAAAGCUUGUGAAAAAGACCAAGUUAAUGAAGAAGCAGAUGGACGAGAUGAAAGACACAAAAGCUGUUUACGGUGAAUCCAUGAACGACAUCGACGAGCAAAUAGAGAUCUGGGAUGGCUUGAAGGAAAAACUUGAAGGUGGAAAGACCGUCUUCCCACCCAGAUCGGAGUCUGCGGGCAAGAAAAGAAAAGGCAAGGGCACUGACAGAGCCCGCAAGAAGCAGCGGAGAACGAAGUCAAGCGACGACGAAGGCGACGACGUUGAGGAAAGCGACUACCACAGUGAUGACUCGGACGAAUAUGAAAAAGGGUCUGAAAACGAGUCUGAAAGUCAAGAACCAUUGACCGAGGAGCAACUAGUGGCAAAGCUUCAAGAGCUUCGCGCAACUAAAAAGGAAGCCCGAGCCCAGAGAGGUGAGAUUACGGAGCGUAUCAACCAAAUGCGAAAAGAGAUCGACGAAAGUAAGAAUGCUGAAGAAAAGAUCGAGAGCAAAAUGUCUGCGAUGUGCAUUGAGGGAAGGAACGCAUAUUCCAAAGGCGCCAUCCAGCAGGAUUUUGCCGCUGGUAUCAAAGAGCUCGACCAGGAACUUGCCGCUGAAGAGGACGAGGAGAACUUCAACCCCGAUGCUGAGAUCCGAGACUAUGAUGAAGUUGCCCGGGGAUUACCCGUCUUCUGCGUCUCCUCUCGUGGCUACCAGAAGUUGCAGGGUCGCCUUCGGAAGGACCCUCACAUAGCCGGAUUCACAAACAUUGAGGAGACCGAGAUCCCUCAACUGCAAACUCAUUGCGAAAAGCUAACGGAGACGGGCCGAUCAGCCAAUUGUAGAACUUUCAUCAACAAGCUGAGCCAGCUCCUGAACUCAUUGACCCUCUGGGCGUCCAGCGAUGGCACUAGCGCAAAUAUGACCGCCGAACAGAGAGCAAGAGAAGCAAGAUACUUACAUAAGGGGCUGAAAUCGCUUGAGAGUGGCCUCGAGACUGCCGUCAAGACCGCUUGCAAGGAACUUGGUGAUGAAUUCGCGGACAACAUCUACGACAAAUACGAAACCGCAAUUUCGAAUGCCGCGAACGAUUCAAUCGCGACUGCUCUCAAAUGGGGGGCACCUGUCAAUCGCGAAGACCGUGCAGCGGGUGGACUCCACUGGAGCACCUAUAAAGCCAUUUGUCGACGUAACGGAAUCUAUACGAAUGGUCAAGGACCGCAUGAAUGGAACGUGGAGCUCGCUGAACCUAUGAUGAAACUGCUCGCUUCUGGAUGGGAGAAGGCCUUUUCACGCCGCUCUCCAAUGGUGAUGGCCAGCUUCGCCCGCAAUGCAGCUGCUUCCCUGAAAAACUUUCAUAAAGACAUCGAGGCCCGAGCUCGUCAAAUAGGUACAGGCAUCGCCGGCGUCCACAUGUUGCAGCAGCAGGUCGGAAACUACGAGAAUCUCCUGAAGGACCUCUCUGCGACUGUGAAGGAUAUGAUCAAUACUAACCAAAAGGAGAUCAAUCGCGAGUUCGUUCCAGUCAUCGAGCAAGCGAUGGCGGCUGCUUAUGAGGCAUGUGUCGAGGAGCGAGGUACCGGGAGCUUUGCGCGUAUGAAAGCAGCAAUGAAUAGUCACGUCGCCCAGGAGCGCCAUACCAUGUUCCAGUCGAGCGCUGAGAACGUCAAAACCCGGCUGAGUGUCAUGCUCAAAGAGCUGGAAGUGUACAUGAACGAUAAAGCUGACGAAGUGUACAUUGCGAUGCGACGCGAUUACAACUCGGUUCUGGGCGGCGGUGAAGUACCUCAGAAUGGCGAGAUUUUACCAAAGACGCAACGCCUUGUGCGUAAAGAGAUGAUGCGUAUCAUCAACGGCGUAGAAAAGGUAUUUCAGAAGAUUGCUGGUUUGGAGGUCAAAGAUGAGGAUGAUGAGGAUAAUAAUAAUGUCGCUCACAGCAGUGACGAUGAGGAUGGAGGCCGUGUUGUUCGCAAGAAAGAGGAGGGUGAAAACACCAAGGUUAAGAGAGAGGCGAGUCCAUCCAGGCAGCUUGAGGAUCAAGCCUCCCUCGACGAGCCAAUGGCAGGCCCAGACUCUGAUUGCGAGUCAAAAACGAAGCUGGAGAGUCCCGAAGCCCAGGAGCGAUUGGACGGUCUUGUUCCGGUCGACAGCGGCGAUUCAGAGGGAUCGGAGAGCUCUGAUGGUUCCGGAUCGAGUUGA